AACCUUAAAAUCCUACAAUACUGUGCGAUGCUAUGUGCGUGUACGGCACAUGUUAGCGAUGUACAGUGCUUUAAUCCUACUGUAGGUAUACAAGAGCGACUUCUAACGGAAUUCACUGUAAGUUUCAAGAAGUAGUCAGUAGUAGUGUAUAGUAUACCUAUAUAGCGAGUGAAGAGAACGCGAUGCGGCAUAAGUAUGAUGCAUCACAGCAUCCUGCAUCACUGAAUGGAUGCAUUUUUGUGAGUUCUAACCUUCGCUAUAAUUUCAAAACAAUAAAACGAAUUUGGCGAUAGGACGGGCUAGUGCAAUAAAAAGACAGAAAAACUAUGUCCAGCUUUGGAAAUAAAUAAAAAAUUCUAUAUUUUUGACUUAAAAUUAGAAAUCAAUUGAACAAACAUUGGCAAAACAUUGAAUAAAUAAUGCCCUGAGAAAAGGAGUUGAUGAAAGUUUAACGAAUUUGUUUUAAUAGAGAGUAUAAUAUCCAGGAAACAAAAAAAAAUAAUUUGAACACACACACAUAUAUACUAUAUAAGUAUAUCUUUUUGAUUUACAAAUAAAUAAUUAAGUAUUAAAACUAUGGCAGAGGCAACAAAUAGUGAUAAUGAGGAGAAUGAAGUAAUGGCUGAUUGCAGUUAUAACAAAGAACCAACAAUGCAAAAUGCUAAGAAGAAAGUGCUUGUUGAAACAGAAAUCGAAUCUAGUUUACAACCGUCACUAAUGUUCUCUCUACAAUCAAGGUUUAAGCAGCAUCCUGUUCUUGAUAAUCAUAGAAUCAUGUCAUCAGAAAAUGAAUCUUCAAAGUCUUCUACUAGUUUAUUAGCUUCUCGAAAUACUAUUACUUAUCAAGGCAUUCAGCAAAAACGCCAGUAUAGUGAAGCUCUUGCUGCAAAAAAGGACCAAUCACAAACCAAGAUUCAAGUACUCGAUGAAAUUUCAUUUGAAUACGAUUCAGCUUUCAAGAAACCUCACUUUAUGAAACAUAGUGUAUUUGAAGAUGAUAUAGCUGUUUUUAAAGAUGAAUCUUCACCCAUGGUACUUUCAACAGCAGCUAGUAGUCUAAGUUCAUUGACCAUUGAUGAUGAUGAAUGUGGUGAAAACAUAUCACCAAAUAAGGCUGGAUUGAUGAAGAAAAAUUGCAACCCAAUAAAUGUGUUACAUGUGCAAAAGUCACGCCUUCAAGAAAGCUGGCAUCAGAAAUUAGUUGAAAAUGCAAACAUGUCAUCACAAAAUUCUUCAAGUAACCAAGCAACACAACUCUACAACAACCAGCAAAGACUUCCAGUUUAUUCUGACAAAAACCAAAUAGUUAAUGAACAGUUGAUCAAGUCCAGUAAUACAGAAUCUUAUGAUGAGCAGCAGUCUUAUUGGAAAUCACAGAAAUACACAAGAUAUCCAGAACAAUUUUCAAAUGAUAUAAACAAUUCUAAUUUGAAUUUAUCAUCGAAUGAAUACUACAAGGAUAAGCAAAGAUCUCGUAUUGUUGAUGAAAACUGUAGAGAACGAACUUCAUUUACAACAAACGCUAUAUCGCAGAGUCAACAGAUGACUCAUUUGAAUAACUGUAAUAAACAAGAUGAUGGAUUAACAGACGAUGAAGAAUAUUUUGAAGAUCAAAAAGAUCCUCGUCAACUACUUAAAGAAGUAUUUCACAACACUGAUGAUACUGAACUUAAUUCCUAUGAAGAGGAAUUACUUGAUCAAUGCAUACGAAAAGGAAUAGCAAAAGUAACAAGACGUGAUAUAAAUGAGUUAAAACCAUUUUGCUGGGAUUUAGACCGUAUCUGUCUAACCACCCGUGCAAUGCUCAAGCCUGUUCCAGAUGAAGAACUUAAGGAAAAAAAAGAGGAACGUAUGAAACGACGUCUUUCGUACAAAGGAUUAACAAAAUUUUUAACUCAUUCUCGAGUCAAAUGAAUUUAUUUUAAUAUUUGACUGUCCAGUUCCUGUAUAUGUAUAAUUUUAAAACGCCGUAUGUGCCUUUUCUAUAUAAUCUAAGAGUGGUAUGAAAUAUAUCAUCAUAAUGUGUUGAUUAUUGUUUAUAUACGUUAUCUGCAGCGUAUGCAAACGGAUUUUAAGUAUGUAUUACAGUAUAACACAAGACUAUUAUGUUAAUUUUUUAUCUUUUUGUAUAAACAACGUAUAAUUGUGUGAAUUCAGAAAAUACAACUCGUUUAUAUAAACAA